UGUCAGUGAAGCCCAAACCCAAGCCCAAGAAUGAGUGAAUGAGUGAGAAAGAGUGAAAAGAGCAUUGUUGUCGGUCUUCAUCAACAAACGCAUCCUUUAUUGAUUCUCAUCGCACAACCCCAACGCUGAAUGGAGCAACACAAGAAAAAAUGGAGGCUUUCCACUGAUUUUUCUCUAAUCAACAAUCUAGACGAUGGCUGUCUUAUGCACAUCUUUAGUUUUCUUCACCCUAUUCCAGAUCGGUAUAACACCGCCCUCGUUUGCCACAGAUGGCGAUUCUUGGCAUGUCACCCUCGGCUGUGGUUGCGAGUAGAUCGUUCUGUGAAAGAUUUGUCUCAUCCUGGAGUUUAUCCGAACAUUGAGAUGGCCGUAUCUGCUGCAAGGCCUGGGGACUCUAUACUGAUUGCUGCAGGAGGCAGCCAUCGUGUAUCAAAUAUUCAGAUUGAAAAGCCACUUUGCUUGAUUGGCGCAGGUGAGAGUCCUGAUGAUACAACUCUUAUUUGCUCCCGCAGUUCAGACAGCGCAUUAGAGUUCAUGUCCACAUGCAAGCUGGCUAAUUUGACUGUGAGGACAGAGCUCGGUUGCUGCUUGCUUCAUAGAAGCGGGAAGCUCACAAUUGAUGGGUGCAUUCUUCAGUGUGAGUCGAACCCUCUGGACCAUCUCUCCUAUGCAAUUAUCAGUACUGCUGGUGCUGCUGAGGUUGUCUCAUCAGCACUCGAGACUUGUAAUAAUGGUGUUUCGGUUGUGAGAACUCGAAUUGAAGGAGGUGCCAAAGCUGUCCUAACCAGUGGGACACUUUCGUUGCAACGAGUACGAGUCAUUUAUACUCGUACAUCACUCUUCUUCUGGUUUGAGGUAGAAGACGGCGACAAGAAUACUGUGGAACCUGCAUCCGUUGAAUUGCCAAUUAGUUAGUCAAUCUACUUCCGCUGGGUUCCAAUUGUCGUUAUCCUCUCGUCACCUAUCUUGUAAAAGAGGAAGGGCCUGAGAGAGUGUUGGCUGUACCUUAUUUUUCUAAUUCUGUACUCAGUUUUAAUGUAUCAUUGUGUAAUAGUUCUUGGUUCUUUAAUAACAGUAGUAGCUCUUCCAGUGAAAAGCAUUUCACUGUUGCUGAUGCA